UGAAUUUCGAACCAAGUGUCUUAUUUUACCGCGUAAUUUCGUACUCACAAUUUUGAAUAGACAUCAGUCAAAUCGAAAUGUAACAAAACAAACGAAGAAAAACAAAUCGAUAAAAAAUGAGUUCCCAAGACGAGCCAGCACCAACAACCGAAGUUGCCAAAUCGAUUAAGGCCAUAAAUAAAGAUGCAGUUCAUAAAAUCUGUUCGGGUCAGGUAGUGCUAAGCUUGGCAAUUGCUGUGAAAGAAUUAGUUGAAAAUGCUUUGGAUGCUGGUGCAACAACAGUAGAGGUAAAAGUGCGAGAGUAUGGAUAUGAAUCAAUUGAGGUGUCAGACAAUGGCAGUGGUGUCGAAGAGAGCAACUUUGAUGGGCUGACGGCAAAAUAUCAUACAUCAAAAUUGCGUGAAUUCACUGAUUUGGAAACGGUGGCGACGUUUGGUUUUCGUGGCGAAGCAUUAAGUUCACUGUGUGCAUUAUCGGAAAUGAAAAUUGUCACCAAACAUCAUUCGGUCAAUGUAGCCACAAAAUUAGAGUUGAACAACCGUGGUGAAAUUGUAAAGCGAACACCAUGUGCAAGACAAACCGGCACCACAGUCACAUUAAGCAAUUUAUUUGCAUCAUUGCCGGUGCGAAAACGUGAAUUUCAACGAAAUAUUAACAAAGAAUUUGCGAAAAUGUGUCAAAUUCUACAGGGAUACGGUCUAAUUUCGUAUGGAAAACGAAUAAUUCUGACAAAUCAUACGGCCAAAGGUGGAAAAGCAACGAUUAUAUCAACAAAUGGUUCACAUUCAUUGCGUGAAAAUAUUGUCGCAAUUUUUGGAUCAAAACAAAAUACAAAUUUACUACAGAUUCGACCACCGAUCGAACCAAAUGAGGUGCUCACACAAGAGAUGCUAAAAAGUCUUGACACCUCGAUAAAUGUGACCGAUGACGAACUUGAUAAUUUGCGAUUGAAUCGAUUUCAAUUCGAUGGAUACGUUUCCAGUUGCAGUCACGGAUGUGGCCGAAGUGCCAAAGAUCGACAAUUUUUCUUCAUCAAUGGUAGACCAUGCGAUCCGAAAACAAUUUCCAAAUUGGUUAACGAUGUUUAUCAUCGAUUUAAUCAACAUCAAUGUCCAUUUGUUGUGCUAAAUAUAAUUGUGGAGCGCAAAGAUGUUGAUGUUAAUGUUACACCAGAUAAGCGACAAGUCAUGGUUAACAAUGAAAUCAUCUUACGGUUGGCAUUAAAGAAGGGCCUUUUGAGCACAUUCGGACACAUUCCAUCCACAUUCAAAGUGGAAAAUCAAACAUUACCUAGUCUUUUCGCUAGCAAACAACAAAUUAAUAUCGAAGAUGAUUAUGUUGAAGCGAAAAAUGACAUAUCAAUAACUACCACUGACGAUGACUUUGACGAAGAAGCUCCGUAUACAGAGAAAGGAAAUGCCAGUAAAUUUGCGAGUAUGUUAUCACAAUGGCGUUCGACAGGAAGAACGGAUGCACCGUGUUCGCAAAAAACGUCGAAACGCAAAAAUGAACCGUUGGACGAAAUUCAGUCACGAAAUUUCAAAAUGAAAAAAAUCCACGAAUAUUUGUCACAAGAUAUUAUUGAAGGUGAAGCUAAGUUUAUGAGCUACAAAUCGGAGUCGGAUUCAGACACGGAUGAGAACUCAACUGCUCGGCCUGCUGAGUCUACGAAAGAAAAUGAUGUCAAUAGUGGCAAUGAGAGCGUUUCGAGUCAAUCAAAGGAAUUGAUGAAAAUGGAUUCAAUCGAAAGAAGCGCUUCAUUUGAUUCAAACGAAUCACCAAAUAUUCAAUGGCCAAACCAAGACUAUCGCAUUGAUUGUAAAGUAAAAGCGAUUGAUACACCCGAACGAAUGCUCAGAACUGAAAAAAUCACACCAAACAUUGAUAUUCAACUAGCUAUGAAGAGAUUUGAAUUUGGCCGCCAUAAUGUGGACGAAGCGUCAACGAGUGGUUUUUCGCAGAUGCAAAACAAAAUCGAAAUUAGAGAUGAACAAAAGGAAGAGAAUAGCGAAGAGGAGGACGAAGAUAUAAUUUUUGAUGAUAUCGAUCAUGAAGUGGCCGAAUCACAGUCGAAAAGCAUUACAAAAAUAUCAACAUCAAUCGCUGAAAUAAAAGAGCUCAUGGAACAUGAAAUUCGAUUAACCGAAAAGGCAAAUACGGCAAAUAAAUUGAGCCGAAUGAAAUUUAAAACGAAAAUCGAUCCAAAACAAAAUCAAUCGGCCGAACAGGAAUUGAGCACGGAAAUUUCAAAAAGUGAUUUUAUUCGUAUGGAAAUUAUCGGACAAUUCAAUUUGGGUUUUAUUAUUGUAAAACUGGAUGAAGAUUUAUUCAUAGUCGAUCAACAUGCAACUGAUGAAAAAUACAAUUUUGAAACGUUGCAAAAAACAACGGUGCUACAAUAUCAACCAUUGGUUGUGCCACAAGAUUUAGAAUUGACAGCGGUCAAUGAACUUAUUGUGAUCGAUAAUGUGAAAGUAUUCGAAGCGAAUGGUUUCCGUUUUGAUAUUGAUGCGGAUCGACCGGUGACGAAACGUGUUAAAUUGAUCGGCAAACCAUUCAGCCGUAAUUGGGAAUUUGGAAAAGAAGACAUUGAUGAAUUAAUUUUUAUGUUACAUGAAGGUACGAGCGAUUCAGCCUAUUUGGAUACAUGUCGACCAUCUAGGAUUAGAGCAAUGUUUGCAUCACGUGCGUGUCGAUCGUCUGUUAUGAUUGGCACGUCACUUUCCCAAACUGAUAUGAGGCGUUUAGUUGAUCACAUGGGGACGAUUGAACAGCCAUGGAAUUGUCCACACGGUCGCCCCACCAUUCGUCACUUGCUGAACUUGGAAAUGCUGAAAAUUGCCGAUGAACAAAGUCAAAAUGAUAGCACAGUGGACGAUUCGCCGAAUUAAAAGGCACCAAUGAAAAACAAACACUCAAUCUAGUAAACUGAGUGACCGUUUUUUUUGCUAACAUUUAAUUAAGUCAAGAUUAAAAACAAUUAUAUUGAACAAAGUUCUUAAUAUUGAUUUUAUUUUUAAAUAAAAGCAAAUUUUUUAUUUGCCAAAAAUAUAUUGUACAAACACUG